GCAGUGGCGGUUGCGGCAGUGCGAGGCCGGGCGGCGGCAUGGGGCUGCAGGGCGUCAAGGCCGUCUUCUUUGACCUGGACAACACGCUGGUGGACACGGCGGCGGCGGGGCGGCGCGCUAUCGAGGAGGUAAUAAGCGUCUUGCAAUCCAAACAUCACUAUGACGAAAGAGAAGCCCGCGGUGUUUGUGAGAAGGUCCAAGCAAAGCUCCUCAAAGAGUGUCAUGAUCCAGCAAAGAUGUGCAUUACUGAUCUAAGAAUUUCACAUUGGGAAGAAGCUAUACAGGAAACAAGGGGUGGCGAAGUCGAUAGAAAUCUGGCUGCAGAGUGUUAUUUCCUGUGGAAAAGGACACGCCUCCAGCAUCUUAUCCUGCCAGAGGAUACAAGAUGCAUGUUAACUGAACUUCGAAAAAUGGUCCGCCUUCUUCUUUUAACUAAUGGAGACAAGCAAACGCAGAGGGAGAAGAUUGAAGCAUGUGCCUGUCAACCGUAUUUUGAUGCUAUCGUUGUGGGAGGAGAGCAGAAAGAAGAAAAACCAGCACCUUCUAUAUUUCAUCACUGUUGUGAUCUCCUUGGAGUGCAACCUGGGGAGUGUGUCAUGGUUGGUGAUUCCCUAGACACAGAUAUUCAAGGAGGUUUGAAUGCUGGUUUGAAAGCAACUGUCUGGAUAAAUAAAACAGUGGUAAAGCCUAUAAAUACCUCCCCAGUACCUCACUAUGUCAUUUCUUCUGUUCUUGAUCUUCCAGCACUCUUACAGAAUAUGGACCACAAAGUGAAUGCUAACCUAGAAAAUAAAAUGGCUAGUAUUAAUGAAAUACAUGACAGUUCCACUAUAGAAUUGCAGAAAUGCUAAGUGCUUUGAUUGAUAAUGCUCAGGUUAAAAUUUGGCUCUAAAAAAUGUAAACAUGAUGUUUACUUAAACGGUGGAUGUGUGGAUAUUUGUGCAUGGAGUUGAGUAGAGGAAAAGUAUAGAAGAUUCAAUCCAAUACUUACUGCUUGAAAGUUUUUGAAAAGGAAAAGCAUAAGUGCAGUUCUCUUAAACUGUCUACACCUGGAAAUUAUUUUGACAGACUGUUUCUUAGGCAUGUCUGUCUCUGACCGAAGUCUCUUAUCAGUCUCUCUAAUUUCAUAAUGAAAAGGGGAAAAAAAGUGUUUUGAUUUUUUUCCACCCCCAGUUAGUUUCCUGGCUUACAAGUUUAGCUGGAACUCUAAUUGUAAAGAUUGUUCGCAGUGUGCAAAACAGGAGAAGUCAGGAGAGAGUAAAUCUAGUAAACUUUCGUAAUUGAAUAUGGAAAUGCUUCUCCAGAAGAACUGAAUUUCAAUAUUAAAAACAUAAAAACGAUGGGAUCCAACAUGUCAGGAUGCUUUAACAAGUUUUGGCUUUGAUUUUUGAGGGAAAGUGAGGUAAGGUUUUUCAGUUAAUUUUGAGAGUUGUUGCCCUUAUUCACAGAUUCCCUUCUCCCCGCAGUGACUUUUUUUUUUUUUCUUCAAUAGGACACCUCCCUGGCAGAAAUACAUGUUCACUUCAAAACUUCCAUCUGUAUAGGGGACCAUUUAUCAGAGAUACUUGAUGGAUCAGUUUUUGUUAUACUGCAUUCAUACUAAGUAUAAUUGUAAUGCAAGUUAUAAUUCAUGUAACUCCUGAGCUAAAUGAUUUCACAGGGAUAUUUUCAGUGAUCUUCAUACAGUUUUGUUGAACAUAUUUUUAAAGUUUAUGCCUCUAUUUGGUCUGGUUUUAUUGGUGAAUCUAACUAACCAUUUUGCAGACUUUGGGCCUGAUCCUUUACUUGGCUGGGGAGACUCAAGAGUCUGCUGACUCUGAUCCAGAUGUGAGAUCAGGGCUGUGGGGGGCUCUCUUUAACUGUAUGUUUGUACAACCUCUCCUAAUUGCAGAUUCUACAUGUCUUUACAUUUUCUUCAAGUAACUACAUAUGGAACUAGUACAAGUAAAUGGUUUACAUCAUUCUCUUCUAGAAACUUUAAUAAUUAUAUUGCAUGUGAUAAAUGGCUGUGGCUCACCUUUUUUCACUGAUUUUAGAAGAUUACAUCAUUAAAUACUAUACAGCUACUGUCCCCUCACAAAAAUAUUAAUUUAAUUUUGUUGUACUUUGGUUCCUUUGUGAUAAAGAUCUCUGUAAAGGACAGUUUUUAAGAUUUUUCUGAAGACAAAACUGGUCUUAUUAUUUCCCAAACUUGAAUUUUUGGGAAAGCUUAAUUUUGAUUUUUUUUUUUAAUUGGAAUUUAUAUACUUCUGUGAAAUCAUGGAAUCUUUUUAAUGUUGUAGCCAAAGAUGUCAUUACAUGCUGACAGGUUUCAUGUUUUACAAUAAUGCUCAUGGCAGUAGGCAUUGUGGUAUUAUGGAUAUUUUUUGUGAGUUAGCAGAAAAAUGUUUUGCUGACUUUGAGAGUCAUAAAAGACCAGCACAAAGCACAGAAACCUACUAGAAAGCAGGGUAUGUGGAAUGGCUUGUCUGUGUGAGACAGUUGCAUUAGUUUAGCAAAGCAUGCAUCUAAACCAGUUAAGUUACGUGAGCAUAGUCUCUUGCACUGAAAUUCUUAUUUUGGUUGAAAUAAAGUCCAAUUUGGUUAGCCUAACUUGACUGAGAUUUAAGAUAAAUCAAAAUAAGUCACUCUUUAUCUAGUACCUCCUUUAAUAAACUGCUUUUCAGAAAAAAUGUAACCAGUUCAACUGAAGAACUAAGCAAGCUUCAAGGAACAUAAAAGCUUUUAGUAUAUAUUAAUGUUUGUGGGGGGUUAUUUAUUUUUUUAAAACUAGGCGUAUGAGGAGGAUUAUGUAAAGGGGAAUAAAAAAGCAUUGAGAAUGUUAAAUGAUGUUGCCAAAAGAAAAUGUUAGAGAGUGGAAUUGUUGGAUUGGCUGUAAAUUUCUUUUGGUACUGAACCAUCCUAAUUCCAAGUGUUUGAGUACUAUAACCACUUAGCUUUUAUCACAGUUAAAACAUUGGUUGUUUGUGUGGCACCACGCAUAAUGGCAUCUUAGUCUGAGAGGCGUUUAUAUAUUUGUGUAGUAGAAAGGUACAAACUAAUAAUUCAUAAUAAUGUUCAUGGACUCAGGUAGCUGUUGUAAAUUGUCACAGCUCUGUUGAUUUCAAUUGAGUUUCCAUGAUUUAUGAAAGUUGGGAUCUGGUUCAUACUCUCUUCUUGCCAAAGUAUCAUUCUGACUUAGGUUACUGAGCCUGCUUAAUGUCUGGACAGUCUCCUUCUGUUUUACAGUGGAACAUUGUUAUUUUUGUUUUGCACAUGGCCAGUUUUUUCUUAAAUCUAGUCAUAAAAGAAGAAAAAAAGCACUCUUAUUGUAUACUCAGGUGAUACACUGGUAUGCAGUGGCCAAAUAAAUAUUUUUCUCUCAUUUCCUGAAUACUGUACCAGGCCAUCAGCCUGCACUUACGCUACUUUCCAUUGUUAGUAUGCUGCUAUAAAACAAGAAAAAUGUGAAAAACAUGGAAGAGGGGAAAAAUGUAAGGUGUUUACAAAGAACCAGUCACUUAAUCUAGAUAAUAUAGUAUUAAGGUUCUUUCAACAACUGGGCUGAGUUUUCUUGAAAAUAAAAAGUUCUGGAUCAUUUUCACAUCUGGAGCAGCAAAAAAACAGAAUAGUGAAACAGUUUUAUUCAGUUGAUUUCUAUUUUUGUGUCAUGACUAUGACCCAGAAAAGAAAAUAAAUGACUUGACUAAAAUGCACUGCCCAGAAACACUACUUGAAAACAAGGAAUUCCAUAUACACCUUUACUAAAAAUGUUUACCUCGAGAUAAGUACAUUUCUAAGGGAAACAAUCUAAAAUAGUUUUGAAUUAUUUUUGGGGGGGCCAUUUAUUUAACAUGGAUAAAUGAAAGGCUUUGGUUUUUUU